CCGAAGUAGCUAUGUCGGAGGUCGCCCCUGUCGCCGCGCCUGAUGUGGCCCCCGCUGUGGCUCCGGCCCCGGCAAAGACUACGAGUGCCAAGAAACCGAAGAAGGCGCCCGGCAGCUCCAAAGCUCGGAAGCCUGCGGGCCCUAGCGUCACCGAGCUGAUCACCAAGGCUGUGUCGGCCUCCAAGGAGCGCAAGGGACUCUCCCUCGCCGCGCUCAAGAAGGCGCUUGCUGCCGGCGGCUACGAUGUAGAGAAGAGCAACAGCCGCAUCAAGCUGGGGCUCAAGAGCCUCGUCAACAAAGGUACUCUAGUGCAGACCAAGGGCACCGGUGCCUCCGGCUCUUUCCGCCUUAGUAAGAAGCCGGGAGAGGUGAAAGAAAAAGCCCCCAAGAAAAGGACGGCCGCAGCCAAGCCCAGAAAGCCAGCGGUCAAGAAGCCUGUUAGCGCUGCCAAGAAGCCCAAGAAAGCUGCGGCAGUGAAGAAGAGCCCCAAGAAAGUGAAGAAACCGGCCGCUGCCGCGGCCAAGAAAGCAAUGAAGAGCCCCAGAAAGGUGACUAAGGCUGCCAAGCCUAAGAAGGUAGCAGCAGCAAAGAGUCCAGCCAAGGCAAAGGCGGUGAAGCCCAAAGCAGCCAAGCCCAGGGCAGCCAAGCCAAAAGCAGCCAAGACGAAGAGGACGGCUCCCAAAAAGAAGUAAAUGAUCCUGAAAAAAAAAUAUCUGCCAUGCGGAUAAACCCAACGGCUCUUUUAAGAGCCACCCAAGCUUGCUUUAAAAAGGGCUGAAACACUUUGUUUCUUUUAUGUCACUUGUCACUAAUUCCCAUUUAUUCUGCACUGCUUUCGUUUUUGUCGGUCUGAAAAUUGCACGAACUUCCACAGAUGCUGGCGGAGCCUCCUGCAGUACAACCCGUUUCAGCCCAUAAGAACUUGCUGCGACCGCGAAGUCCUCCCGGCUUCUGGGUUGGGGGAGAUUGCUGCGGCUGCCCGUAGUUUAUCCGAUCAGCCGGAGAACGAGGAACCGCCCUCGGAAGCGCUACCUUCCCGCUUCCUCCCCCACCCGCCUCCCAGCAGUUCUGCCGGUUUCGAAAAGCCCGCGCUGCUCAGGGAUUGGCCGCGAUUUUCCGCGUUUUCUGCUGCGCUGCAGCUCUCGGGUUAAACAAGCCACACUUUUUUUGUUUGCUCUUCACUGUGCGAAGAGCCUUAUGAACUUGGGUACGUGCUCGCCCGCAGCCCUCCGUCCUCCCUCCCCCUUUUACCAUGGGCGGAAGCCCUCAGACCAGUUCUGUACUCGUCAGUCUCUUCCUGUCCCUAGAAAUCGAAUGAUGAUCUGGGGCCGAGAGGCACGGCUGUUUGUAGCCUUCUGAGCAGUCCCUGGUGCAGUCCGCCGGUCUUCGACUUCGGUGCUGAGUAUCUUGUGCCUCGGAGCUGCCGGGUUCAGCCCUUAGCCGGGUCUGGGACUUCGUCGGAAGCAGCGCUGGGCGCGAUAAAACCCCACAGUAGUCGGAGCUUGCCGUACGUGUCUCCCAACCCUGCAGCCCGUAUUUUUGAGCUCACAUACCCAUGCCUAGUUUGUUACAGAAGUAUGCCUACCAGAUUCACGUAGUUAACCACAAGCAGAGGGUGCUGGGAGUCACACACACUAAUUCUUACCCAACUAAGUGCACUGACCUGAUCAGAGUGUGUCAACCGUGAUUUUCCAGCCCACUACAACUAGUCAGAUAUCCAGAUAUAUUAGCUAUUUAACUUAAAUAAGUUCUAAAUAGUUAGAGUCAGAAUUAGCUGUCAUGCACUGUCCAGCCCAUACUUAGGGACACUACAGGAAUUACCAAAGGCAGCAGCCUUUACAUUGGACAGCAGCUCUGAGAGUGUAUGGUUGCAAUUCCAGCAACAGACAAAAGCACAUGGCCAAAUUUAAUGGACCCAAAACAGUGUAUGAAAAAGACUAUUCAGAAGUGGAAGAAAUGUGAAGCAAACCGAGAUGAUGAUGUAGUAUGGACAAUUGGAGGAAAACCAAUACUACAAAAGAGAUAUAUAAUUACUGUGGUUUGAUGGUUCCAUGAAAUGACUGAUGGGGGAGGAGAGGCAAUAGUUAAUCAGGUACAGAAAGUAUGGGAAGCACCAGGAAAUUAUGCUGCUGAAAAAAAAUCACCAGUGACUUCCUGACUUGUCAAAAGUUUUUGAGUACCAGGCCAAGCUUAGGGGGUGUCCUGGUUUGAGCAGUAGCAGUCAUUUUUUCUCCUUCUUGUAGCUGGUGCAGUGCUGUGUUUUGAUUUCUGGGCUGAGAACGGUUGCUGAUAGCAAGCAUGUU